UGCUCUCUGCGUUUGCGCCGUUGCACCGCUGACAGAUUGAAGCAAAUUAUUGUUGUGCAGUUGCAUUGCAGCAUUCGGUGAAAGUGGAAGAAGAGCAGAACGGAGCGCAUUCCAUAAAAACACAUCACAACAAAAAGCGUUUAUUAAAGUCCAUUCACGCGCACAUGCCCAUUGCGAAGUAAACAAAUUCACAUUGGACUGCUUCGCCUGUGUUUGCGUAUCAAUUCUCGCUGCGCUCGUGGCCAAAAUCAAUGGGUCUGCUCUGAACGCCAGCAAUUAUCAGUACCAAGUGGUCGAGCAGAGAACGCCAGCCGAUCCGCAGAUCGAAUAUAUAGUCCUGAAACAGUCGGAUACGAUGAAGCAAUGGGGCACAAAUCUCACUGCCAUUACCUGGGCCCAUGCCGUCAACAGUCAGCAAUUGCUGGACGAGGUCCUGGCAACCGAAGGUGACAUUGACUUCAUCGAGGCGGACAUUGUGCUGGGCAAGCUGAAUGGCGAAGGCGAGGACAUGCCCGUAAUGGCCCAUCCGCCAGCGAACAUCUCCGAUCUUACGCUGGCCCAAUUUCUCUCCCAGAUCAUCGAAUUCAACCUCAAUCAUGAGGACCAGGCAAAGGGCGUUAAGCUCGACUUUAAGUCAAUCGAGGUAUUCGAGGGUUCGCUGGACAUUCUGGACGGGAAUAUUCCGAACAUGAACUCCUCUCCCGUUUGGAUAAACGCCGACAUUCUAAGUGGUCCCGUGGAUCAGAAUAGAACAGUGCCAGUGGAUGCGGACCGAUUCUUCGCCGGCUGUAUGCGCUACAAGCAGGCAGUGCUCUCCAUCGGCUGGACAACUAACUGGGGAGCCGACUUUCGGGAUGGCGAGUACACGCAGCAGCAGUGUGAUGACAUGCUGGAAUCGCUGAACGCCAACAAUAUCCUCUCCACCGGCCAGGGCAUCACCUUUCCCGUGCGCGCCGGCAUCGCCGCCAACAGCGAGGAGCAACUGCAUCGACUGGUGGCCGCGGUAAACGAGACAAACGAGAGCACCCUGACCGUCUGGUCGUCGGCCGGUGAUUACGUGGAUGUGGACAAGUUGCGCCAGCUGAUCUUCAGCUUCGGCUUGGACCGAGUCUACCUGGACGUGCCGGAGGAGCUGGCCUCACAAUUAAACCUGGGCAAUCCCGGCAACGGAGCCGGCACCUUCAAAUCCCUGUUUGGCUUCAGUUUCGUGAGUCUGUGUUUUUGGGCUCUGUCUAGCUGGCUGCAGCGGUUAUAAUGGUGUUUGCUAGGUUAUUAAUUAUAGGCACGUUUAUGGGAACAAUUU